AGUAAUUUUAUGGUAGCAAAUUUAAAUAAGCCCAAAUAGCAAAAACGGAUGUUGAAUGAAAUGCAGUAAACAUGGACGACUCACAGGACGAUUUAACUUCGGAACAAACAGAAAAAUUAUUACAAUUCCAGGACUUAACUGGUAUAGACCAGAUACAGAGAUGUCGUCAGAUACUGGAAGGUCAUGAUUGGAAUAUAGAAGCAGCAGUUCAGGACACUUUCAAUGAGCAAGAAGGAGCACCAACAGUUUUCCAUCAGCCUGCCUCUUUGCCAGAAGAAAGGGCACCACUUGUUAAUCUACAACCAUCAAACCAAAGAGUAAUUAUGUAUCCAGGACGGCGACCACAGGGAAUUUUUCAAUGGACAUACUACCUACUUUCUAUGCCAAUAAAAUUUGUAUGGUCAACACUUUUUGAUAUUAUUAGAGUUUUUGUGAAUUUCCUUCGGCCUGACCCUAGACGCAGUAAGUGUCUUGUUACUGAUCCUCUGCGGGAUGUAAUGACAUUCAUUUCCAACUUUGAUGCCAAAUAUGGGCAGAAUCAUCCUGCAUUUUACCAGGGUACUUACAGUCAGGCCUUAAAUGAUGCUAAGAAAGAGUUGCGUUUUUUACUUGUCUACUUGCACUGUGAUGAGCAUCAGAAUACAGACCAGUUCUGUAGAGAUAUUGUUUGCAGUCAAGUCUUUAGAAACUAUGUCAAUGGUCACUUGUUGUUUUGGGCAUGUAACACAAGCAGUCCAGAGGGUUACAGUGUAUCGCAGGCUCUAAAAGAACAUGCCUACCCUUUCUUGGCCCUGAUAGUGCUGAGAGACAAUAAGAUGAGUGUUGUGGCCAGGAUUGAAGGUCGUAUAACAAGUGCAUUGGAGUUGGUGGCCAGACUAGAGCAAGUCAUUGCUGAAAAUGAAUCCUCAUUGGUGGCAGCAAGAGCAGACAGAGCUGAGCGUAGCUUCAACCAGACAUUAAGGCAGCAGCAAGAUGAAGCUUACUUAGAGUCAUUGAAAGCUGAUCAAGAAAAGGAAAAAAGAAAGAGAGAAGAAAGGGAAAGGAAAGAGGAGGAGGAAAGGCGGCAGCGUUUAGCAGAGGAGGAAAAACAGAGACAAUAUUUGCAACGAGAACAGAGGAAAAGUGAGAUCCAGCAACAGAUGCCUCCAGAACCUGAUGUGUCACACCCAGACUCUAUCAGAAUCAUGUUGAAGACACCAAAUGGUAAAAGAAUAGAGCGACGUUUCCUUAGAGACCAAUCUAUAAAGUGGCUGUAUUAUUAUGUGUUCUGUCACCAAGACUGCCCCGAUGACUUUCAAAUCAAGACAAGUUACCCCAGUAAAACUCUACCCUGUGAGCCCAGUGACCACUGCUCAGAGCCACCAACCUUUGCUGACAUGGGCUUAGGGAAGUCUGAAAUGUUGUAUGUGUUUGAUAAUGAGGCGUAAAGUAAAUAGUGUGCGUGCAAUCCAGGUACGAGUGUCUGCUUGAAUCUGUUGUAUUUUGGGGGGGGGGGG